CUGUAUCACUACCGGAACAGUUUGCACGAGCGCCUCAAUGGGCCAACACCCUCAGUGGCCUCCGUUGCCCAACGCCAAAUCAAAGCCAAGUUGCAAUUGCUGAGUGAUCAAGCAUCCGAGCACCAGGAGAUUGCAAAGGUUGUAAAAUCCUUGCGCAUGCAGCCCUUGACCUUCGAGUUGAGCGACGAGGUUGUAUGGACUUCUAUUCUGGAAUCCUUCCUCCACACUCAUGAGAAGCACGACACUUUUACGAUGCUCCACUUAAAGGCUUUGGAUCAGAUGAACUAUGCAGUUCACUUGGCUCACAACUUCUCUCAGUGCGCAGGUGCAGACACCGCAUUGCUGCGG